AUGGCGCAGGGCAUGCAAACUAGGGACAAGAAGGUGGACGAGUUGGAGAAGCAAGUGAGGCAAAUUGUCGAGUUUAUGGGGCAAUUUCGAGAGCAAGGCAAGUUGCCUAGCUCAACCGUGGUCAAUCCAAAAGGUGGAUUCGAAUCUGCAAAAGCUAUAACUUUGCGAAGUGGGAAGCACGUAGGAUCUGAACCCCAACACUCCAAAUCACGUUCUAACGAGGUGGAGGAGUUAAUGAUUGAAGAGGAAGAACAAAAACCACCCACGGCAAAGGUGUUUCCACCUUUGCCGCAAGCCCUAUGUGAUCCUACGUCAUCCAAUCUGUCCAAUAGAGCCACCAAGGAAACCCACGGCAUGCAUGAGGAUUCCAUUGCCGUGCCCCCUAGUGAAGAUACCAUUGAGAUGGUGGCUGCCCUUGAGUCAUUGCCAUCGCAAACUGGCUUAUUACCCAACGGCAACUUCGAGUACGGUCCAAAGCAAUCAGAACUCAAGGGCACAGUAGUGACAAACCCUCAUGCAAUUCCCAACUGGGAAAUCUCAGGCUUCGUCGAGUACAUAAAAUCAGGUCAAAAACAAGGCGACAUGCUGCUGGUCGUCCCCGAGGGUGGUUUCGCAGUCAGGCUCGGCAAUGAAGCCUCGAUCAAGCAGAAGUUGAAGGUCAAGAAAGGCGAGUUCUACUCCAUCACGUUCAGCGCCGCUCGGACGUGCGCACAGGAGGAGACGCUGAACGUGUCCAUCACUCCCAACCUUGAGAAAAGACACCGGGGAAUAAUGCCAAUCCAGACAAUGUACAGCAGCAAUGGAUGGGAUUCGUAUGCAUGGGGUUUUAAUGCAGAUUUUGAUGAGAUCGAGCUUGUGAUCCAUAACCCUGGUGUGGAGGAAGAUGCUGCUUGUGGCCCACUUAUUGAUUCUGUUGCUUUGAAGCUCUUGGCUUCUCCUAAACGUACUAGAGGGAAAAAGUUGAGGGCCAACUUGUUGAAAAAUGGAAACUAUGAAGAAGGGCCCUAUGUGUUUCCCAACACAUCAUGGGGAGUCCUAAUCCCACCCCACAUAGAAGACAACCACAGCCCACUACCAGGCUGGAUCAUCGAGUCUCUCAAGGCCGUCAAAUACAUCGACUCCAAGCACUUCUCCGUCCCCGAAGGCUGGAGAGCCAUCGAGCUGGUCGGCAAAGAAAGCGCAUUGGCCCAAGUCGUCUUCACCUUGCCCGGAAAACUGUACGCACUCACAUUCACCGUCGGCGACUCCAACAAUGCCUGCGAAGGCUCCCUUGUCGUCGAGGCGUUUGCCGGCAAAGACAUCCUCAAAGUACCGUACCAGUCCAAAGGCAGAGGUGGGUUCAAGCGCACCAGGUUCCUUUUCACCGCCGUGGGGCCACGCACCAGGAUCAUGUUCUAUAGCACGUUUUACACCAUGGCCGCCGACCACUCUGGGUCUCUGUGCGGCCCCGUCAUUGACGAUGUCAAGUUGCUUAGCGUUCGCAAACGUGUUUGAUGGAAUGCCACAGAUCGAGAAAAAGUUUCGCGGCUGCUUUGGUCUUUUAGCUGAUUAAGUUAUAUAUGUGUUU